AGCAUGAUGUGUGUAAGAUGUACCAGCUAAUGUAGUAUUCAUGUUAUAAGCAUGUGUGUAAGAUGUACCAGCUAUUGUAGUAUUCAUGUUACAAGCAUGAUGUGUGUAAGAUGUACCAGCUAUUGUAGUAUUCAUGUCACAAGCAUGAUGUGUGUAAGAUGUACCAGCUAUUGUAGUAUUCACGUUACACGCAUGAUGUGUGUAAGAUGUACCAGCUAUUGUAGUAUUCAUGUUACAAGCAUGAUGUGUGUAAGAUGUACCAGCUAUUGUAGUAUUCAUGUUACACGCAUGAUGUGUGUAAGAUGUACCAGCUAUUGUAGUAUUCAUGUUACAAGCAUGAUGUGUGUAAGAUGUACCAGCUAUUGUAGUAUUCACGUUACAAGCAUGAUGUGUGUAAGAUGUACCAGCUAUUGUAGUAUUCACGUUACAAGCAUGAUGUGUGUAAGAUGUACCAGCUAUUGUAGUAUUCAUGUUACAAGCAUGAUGUGUGUAAGAUGUACCAGCUAUUGUAGUAUUCAUGUUACACGCAUGAUGUGUGUAAGAUGUACCAUCUAUUGUAGUAUUCACGUUACAAGCAUGAUGUGUGUAAGAUGUACCAGCUAUUGUAGUAUUCAUGUUACAAGCAUGAUGUGUGUAAGAUGUACCAGCUAUUGUAGUAUUCACGUUACAAGCAUGAUGUGUGUAAGAUGUACCAGCUAUUGUAGUAUUCACGUUACAAGCAUGAUGUGUGUAAGAUGUACCAGCUAUUGUAGUAUUCAUGUUACACGCAUGAUGUGUGUAAGAUGUACCAGCUAUUGUAGUAUUCAUGUUACAAGCAUGAUGUGUGUAAGAUGUACCAGCUAUUGUAGUAUUCACGUUACACGCAUGAUGUCUGUAAGAUGUACCAGCUAUUGUAGUAUUCAUGUUACACGCAUGAUGUGUGUAAGAUGUACCAGCUAUUGUAGUAUUCAUGUUACAAGCAUGAUGUGUGUAAGAUGUACCAGCUAUUGUAGUAUUCAUGUUACACGCAUGAUGUGUGUAAGAUGUACCAGCUAUUGUAGUAUUCACGUUACAAGCAUGAUGUGUGUAAGAUGUACCAGCUAUUGUAGUAUUCACGUUACAAGCAUGAUGUGUGUAAGAUGUACCAGCUAUUGUAGUAUUCAUGUCACAAGCAUGAUGUGUGUAAGAUGUACCAGCUAUUGUAGUAUUCACGUUACACGCAUGAUGUGUGUAAGAUGUACCAGCUAUUGUAGUAUUCAUGUUACAAGCAUGAUGUGUGUAAGAUGUACCAGCUAUUGUAGUAUUCAUGUUACAAGCAUGAUGUGUGUAAGAUGUACCAGCUAUUGUAGUAUUCACGUUACAAGCAUGAUGUGUGUAAGAUGUACCAGCUAUUGUAGUAUUCAUGUUACAAGCAUGAUGUGUGUAAGAUGUACCAGCUAUUGUAGUAUUCAUGUUACACGCAUGAUGUGUGUAAGAUGUACCAGCUAUUGUAGUAUUCACGUUACACGCAUGAUGUGUGUAAGAUGUACCAGCUAUUGUAGUAUUCAUGUUACAAGCAUGAUGUGUGUAAGAUGUACCAGCUAUUGUAGUAUUCACGUUACAAGCAUGAUGUGUGUAAGAUGUACCAGCUAUUGUAGUAUUCAUGUCACAAGCAUGAUGUGUGUAAGAUGUACCAGCUAAUGUAGUAUUCAUGUUACAAGCAUGAUGUGUGUAAGAUGUACCAGCUAUUGUAGUAUUCAUGUUACACGCAUGAUGUGUGUAAG